CAGUAGUGGUUCUCCAGCGGUGGCUUCAGUGUGGAAACUGCUCAGUGAUUUAUAAUAAUAAUAAUAAAUGCAAUUAAUUUGAAUUGACGGGCGCAGAAACCUCAGAGCGUUUCACAGCAGCUGGUUAAAGCGUGUAUUAGUCAGGCGCACCACACCUGGGUGUGGGGUGUUACCUGGGCCAGAAGCACCGGUUUAGAGUUGUGGAAUCAUUCAGGUUGAAAAAGGCUUUUAAGGUCACCGAGGACAACCGUGUUUGUUAAAAUCAUCAGUCAUUGCUUCCUCUUCAUCUUUGUUUCCAAGCUCCUUCCGUGACCUUGUCUGUAAAUGUGGUCUUGCAGGUGCAGUGUUUUUGGUGAGAGUGAGCUCUGCUAAAUAGAACUGCUGUGUGACACCCUGGCAGGGGAGGCCACAAUUACCCGUGUGAAGGGUUCCUCUAGAAACAGCAGGUGCUUUGCUUCUGUGAGCUGUAAAUCAUGGAAAGAAGGGAGUGUUUUGAAAGCUUUGAGGAAAUCCAGGAAUGAAAUUGGCAAAAGUGGUAGCAGCAGCUGCCAGAGUAGGUGGUGUUCUUAAUUUCUGCAUGGCAGCACAGAAGUUUUGAAGAGUUAAAGUUGGUAAUAAAUCACUGAAAAACAAUUUCCUUCUUUCUUUUUCUCCCUCCGUUUUCCUUUUAGUGACAUUCCAAGCUUUUGUUGGUCUGUAGAAUUUUGGUUGUCUUAUGCUUACCUCUGUGGACCUGGGUUAAUCUUUCCCAGUUUUGUGCUCUUUAACUUUGUCUUUUCCUCUCAGGAAUCAUGUAAGAAUAAUUCCAUCAUGAUUCAGUUGCAAAAUAAAUCACUGCAUUCCUGAAUUAUUUCUUAAAACCCUUAAUUCAGCAGUGUUGAACUCCUUUAUAAUUUUUAUAAUUCCUGCUUAAAAUAUUUGAAGCCUAAUUCUCGUUUCUAGUGUCUUUACAGUGCAUAGCUGUAAUUACAUCCUGAACCUUAAAGGGAAUGUAAAUGGCACUUUAUCUGGCCUUAAGCUGAGCUUUGUGUCAAUGUAAAGGAACAUCCAGGCCCUUGUUCAGGUUUUCCAUACAACCCUCAGCAGACGCAUUGUGGUGAUGUUUUUAGAUUUAACACCCCAUUUCUCAGACCUAGUUAACAACUUUAUAGAAGCUGAUUGUUAACACUGAGAUGUGUUUCAAACAUCCUUUCACAAGUUGAACUUUAGUGUGAGUAAUAGGGAAAAAUGUGGUAUAGGGAGUGAGAAUGAAGUGCUGGAGAGAGAGAGAGCUCUGUGGUUCUAAAGGUUUUUUAGUUUGUUUACUCAUUAAUAUAGCAAACAGAUGCUUAUGAUUUUCUGUGUUCUACUACCAGAGAGUGUAUUGUUCUAUUUUCAUUUUACCAAAGUUCUAUAUUAGAAAACAUGCAUUGGUCAGAGAAGAAUGAGAGCAUUUAAAUAAAGACACUAUCUGUUGUUUUUGCAACCCAAGCGUCAUGGAUGCAGCCCAGUUCUGAGGACGAUGCAGGGAAAACAAAAUGCAGAUAAAUUGAAUUUUGGUGGAAACGUUUAUGAGUAUCCAUGUAAAAUUGACUUGGGUAAUACCUGGUGAGAUGGAACUUACAAGUCUGUUGCAGAAACAAUUUUCUAAGUCAGUAAACAUUAGUACUUUUUCAUUGUGUGUAGAAGUGGAGGGAAAAGAGUGACAGCAGUAGGUGUAGUGAUGGCACUGGCAUCGUUGGUGAUGUUAACUCUGUCCAGUGGCUGAGUUUAUUCUAUCAAUAUUGUGGGGUUAAGAAUGGGAAUGUUUGUUGCUGCUUUAAAAACUGAUUGCUUUGUAAUCCCCAGUGUGUAAAAUCUGGGUAUGAAAUGGAGAAACUCAGCCCUACAUUGUCCAGGUGACAUUGAGGGUGCACCUUCCUGAGGUGGAGAGGAUGCUUCCCGCUGGGCACUGUGAACACUCGUGUUUCAUCUGCAGAUGUUUGGUGGUGGAGCUACAAAAUUCACUUUUCAGCUGUCUAAUUUGAGCCUAAUACCUGUGUGUCUGAGAGAAAAACACUUGCUUCUCCUGUAGUGGCAGGGUGCAUUUGGGUUGGAACUCACAGAAUGGUUUUCAGUGUGAGUAGCAUGUCCUUGAAGCUAUAUUUAGUAAAACUAAAAAAAAAAUAGAGCACUGCUACAGCCCUGAAGUCUGUGGCUGCUUCUGCCAACCUCCUCCCCAUGCCUGCUGCUUUCAUGGGGUUUGCUAGAACAUUAAAAAUCCAUUUUGAGGAAAUGAUUGGGUUGGCAUGAGGUUUGGAGAACCCGUAAUUAAUUCUUCUACUCUCAUAUUAUUUCUAGGCCCUUAUGUGACUUUUAAAUAUAUAAAGAAACAGACUGUCAGUCCUGCUUUAUAAUUAAUUUUAAUUAGCUGCUUCUAUUCUGGGAGAUUCUGCAUAAAGCAGCGUUGCCUGUCGUGGGGUUUUCUAAGGCUUUGCUUAACAGGUUCAGGUGAAAUGGUGGUACCUGUGCUUAGCAAUUUCCUUGGUUUACAGUGGGGUGUAUCCACGGGGCAGCAUCACAGUUCUGUGCUGGGAAUUCUGGGGGUUCUGGGAAGCUCAGCCUUGGCUCGUAGUGGUGCCCGUGCCUGUGUUGGUGUGGAGGCUGCUGGAGUAAUAGAAACCAGGGCUGUCAGUCACAGCAGCUUUGGGUUGUGGUGUUCCACUUAAUCUUUUAUGUAACCUGCAAGGGAUUACUGACUUCUCACUUCCCGUAAUGCAAGAUUUUUAACUGCUUUUUCAAUUGAAAAACAAAUGGAGAAAAAAAUAACAAAAACAAACCCUUGCUCUGCAUAUUUUUCUCUUGGCAUGAUUCGGCUGUUUUUGAAGCAAGCAAAUAUUCAGAUUUGUGGUCACUCUUUGUAAACACAGACUGGACAAAAACUGCCUCAGAUUCUCACAGCUGGAAACUGCUUUUCCAUCACUCUGGUCCAAGUAGCUCCAAUUCCCAAACACAAGGUCAUUCACCAGUGUGUUCUGAAGAAGCUUGUGUUUCACAGAACGUUUGGGAAAGCCCUCUCGCAGAUGGAAGCUGCAGACCUUCAAUACUGCUGCGCCUUGCAGAGAUGUUCAGGACCUGACUAAUGGGGUUGCCAUGGCACAGGUGCUUCACCAAAUAGAUGUUGCUUGGUUUGAUGCCUCUUGGCUAAAUCGCAUUAAAGAUGAUGUUGGUGACAACUGGAGAAUAAAGUCCAGUAAUCUGAAGAAGAUACUGCAAGGAAUUAUGGACUACUACCAUGAGUUCUUGGGUCAGCAGAUUUCAGAAGAGCUUAUUCCAGACUUAAAUCAGAUAUCUGAGAACUCAGAUCCCACUGAACUGGGCAGGCUUCUGCAGCUUAUUUUAGGUUGUGCAGUCAAUUGUGAGAGGAAACAAGAGCACAUACAAAAUAUCAUGACCCUUGAAGAGUCUGUUCAGCAUGUUGUCAUGACAGCCAUUCAAGAGCUCAUGAGCAAGGAAGUAACGAGUCCUUUCACCUGUGAUGCAUCAAGUGAAAUGGAACAGCAGCUUAAAAGAGCCUUGGAGGAUCUUCAGGAAGCACUGGCAGAAAAAGAGGAGUUGGCACAAAGAUGUCAAGAGCUUGAUUUGCAGGUAGCUGCUCUCCAGGAUGAAAAAAACAGCUUGAUGUCAGAAAAUGAGAUUAUGAAUGACAGACUAGAGCAAUUAGACGACUCUCUUGAUGAUCCAAAUACUGUGGUUGCAAAAAAGUAUUUUAGUGCACAGUUGCAGCUGGAACAAUUGCAAGAAGAAAACUUCAGGCUUGAAGCUGCAAAAGAUGAUUAUCGUGUCCAUUGUGAAGAUCUAGAAAAACAACUGAUUGAACUGCAACAUAGAAACAAUGAACUGACCUCCCUGGCAGAAGAAUCCAGAGCCUUGAAAGAUGAAAAUGAUAUUCUUAGGGCUACUGCAGACAAGGCAAGUAAGCUGGAAUCAACUGUGGAAGUGUAUCGGAAGAAGCUGCAGGAUCUGAACGACUUCCGCAGGCAGGUCAAGUCGCUGCAGGAGACCAACAUGAUGUACAUGCACAACACAGUCAGCCUGGAGGAUGAGCUCAAGAAAGCCAACGCAGCACGAGCCCAGCUGGAGACCUACAAACGACAGGUCCAAGAGCUUCAUAACAAACUAUCUGAAGAAUCCAAAAGAGCUGAUAAGCUGGCAUUUGAAAUGAAGAGACUUGAAGAAAAACAUGAAGCUUUAAUCAAAGAAAAAGAGAGACUGAUAGUGCAGUGUGAUGCAUUAAAAGAGACAAAUGAAGAGCUCCGGUGUUCACAGAUGCAGCAGGAUCACCUGAGUCAAACAGGUGGAUCUCGUGUUAAAAGCCAUGAGAAUCUUGCUGCUGAAAUUCUGCCAGUGGAAUACAGAGAAAUGUUUAUUCGGCUGCAGCAUGAAAAUAAGAUGCUCCUGUUGAAACAGGAAGGGUCAGAAAAUGAGCGUAUUGCAGAGCUCCAGGAACAGCUGGAGCAGAAGCACCGGACAGUGAAUGAACUGGAAACUGAGAAAAGGCUGAAUGAAGAGCGUAUUGGGGGAUUACAGCAGCAGAUUGAAGAUCUGCAAAAGACUUUGCAGGAGCAGGGAUCCAAGACUGAAGGAUCCAGCAACCUGAAGCAGAAGUUGGCAGCACACAUGGAAAAGUUGAAUGAAGUUCAUGAUGAGUUGCAGAAGAAAGAGGCUGAUCUUGCAGAGCUCCAGCCUGAUGACAGUCAGAACCCCCAGAAGAUUGGAGAGCUGGAAGCAGCUUUACGAAAAAAAGAUGAGGAUAUGAAAGCAAUGGAAGAAAGAUAUAAAAUGUACCUUGAGAAAGCAAGAAAUGUGAUAAAAACCUUAGACCCCAAGCUAAAUCCAGCAUCAGCAGAAAUUAUGUUGCUCAGAAAACAGAUACUGGAGAAAGACAAAAAAAUUGAAGCACUGGAGAACGAAUACAAACUGGCUAAACUACGUGAUUAUGAGGAAAAGCUAAUUGUAACUGCGUGGUAUAACAAGAGCCUGACUCUGCAGAAGCUGGGUAUGGAAGCAAGGCUGGUUGGCAGCAGUGGUGCCUGCAAAGACGGGCCUGGACGCUCCUUCCUGGCUCAGCAACGUCACGUCACCACCACCCGGAGGAAUCUCACUGUUAAAGUCCCAGGGGCAACAUCUGAUUAAACCACAAGGACCUUGAGGAAAACUUACCUGCUAAAGUGUCCUUAAAUGUUUUAUAGCUUCCACUUUACUUGAUGAAAGAGGAGGUUAGAACUGGGCAGCUGCAGAUUCAACAUCAGAACUAUCAAGAAGUGAUUAAUUCGAUCAGUGGUGUGUGUAGAAGGUAGCAUGUAGUUUUCCAAGUAGAUAUGAUAAGUGCAGUACCUAUUUACAAGCACAACUUAAAAGAUUUAUAUUUGCCUUCAGAUUAUAUUGUAAAUAUGAAAUUUGGCACUAUAUAUUUAAAACUUUAUUUAAUGGGUUUGAGCUAGAAAGUUGACUUUUAUAAUGGGAAGAUGUUAUGCAAAAAUUUACUUCAGGAAACUGGCAAUAUUAGGCAUUUUUGCUGGGCUCUUCUAAAAAUAGAUUUAAAAGAUUGGUACCAUGUUUAAAAAAAUACAGUUUUUUUAGAGUAGAAAGUACAAUUUUAAAUGCAAGAAGAUACUUGCAUUUAUAGAAAAAGAAAAUAAAGGUAUAGUACCAGUACAGAAGACAGGAUUUGUUUUGUGAGAAGCAGAAUUACUCAGUUUAGUUAAAAAAAACACAAAACUUAAGUUUGUGCAUAUACACACUAAAGAAAACCUGUUUUUAAGAUGCUAAAUUCACUUAAGCCAAAAAAGCUUAUCUUUUUUUGUGUAAGAGAAAAGCUAUAAUAAUAAUUCAAAAGUCUGGGCUGUAUUUUAAAGUCUGGCAUAUUCAAACACUGCAUUUAUUUGCAGAAAGGGGAUUAGGUGGGAAGGAGCCCCAUUUAUUUCAAACUAUUUAUACAACCCUGUGCAUGGAAAUUAAUUUUCCUUUUUUAAAUGUAGUUUCAUGUCAGUUAUUCUCAACUGACUGUGCUAGGCAGAGGAAUGAAAGAUGGCUUUGACAGCUGUUGGCAGGGAGAGAAGUGCAUAAACUAUACUAGUGUGAUAGAAGAUGAAAAGGGGAUUGAUAUCUGAAAUUGGUGUGCAGGAAGUUGCUGUCUUUCACAAGAUUUGUCAUUUUAUUUUCCAAAUGUCUUAUUUCUGUUGUGAAUUGUAUUUUUAGGAAACCUACCAAUGUCUGUUCUUCUUUGCAGACUGUCUAGAACAAGUUCAUUAUGCCCAUAGUUAAAUGAAAUAAAAUUGCAGGAGCCCAUAAAAUAAAAUGAAUACACUUAAACUAAGUAUUUGAGGGUGGUGUACUAGAGCAUCACCUAAUAUCAAACUCAACCACAUUUGUGAAUGAAAACACACCUGUCUCACCAUCUUUGAUUUGAGAGCAGGAUUCAGCUUUGCAGAAUUGAAGUCUUGAAUUAUGAAAUCUGGGUAGUCUUUCAUCUUACAUGCCUCUCACUAUGGCUCGUCCUUUGAUUUCUUCCUCCCCCAACAUCUUAAAUCCUUUAUUGGGCAUUGCAUGCAAUGCCAGGGAAAAGGCAAGUAUUCACUUCUAAUACUGAGAGUUGUUUCUUGGUUGUGGUGGUUAUUUUACACUGCUGUACAUUUAGGCAUUCAACAGAUUUCCUCCUUCAAAAGGCAUUGUUUAACAGCCAGUCUCAUGCUACAUAUGUUGUGAGAGCAGAGAACGUGCCAGACAAGUGGCUGUUGGAGAGUUUUGUCUGUCUGGUGCUGUUCUUUGGGACUCUAUGCUUGGACUACCUCUUGGGUUUUGAGGUUUUUUAUUGCUGCAGUGAUAUUAGUGGAGUUUGUGUUUUUAGGAUACAGUUGCUUGUUCACUCUGCUGGUGGUGAGCAGUGGAGCAGGAGAUUCAGUCUUAGCAAGAUGCUUACAUUCCUAAAGCCUGGUCUGUGGUGUGAUGUAGUGAAAUGUGAAGCUGUCACUGAUGGUGUUGAGUGGGUCUCUUAACCCUCGUUCUUUGCAGCAUGGAAACUUUCAUGGACGUCCGUCAAAUACUCAUCUAGUUUGUAGGCUCGAUGCAUUUGUUGUACUUCUCACAGUAGUAGAGCUGUGUCAGUGUCUGUCAGGUGCUGAAUAGUGACAAACUUGGAGCAAAUGUCUUUGACUUGCACUUCUCAAAACUGCAGACCCUGGGACCAAAAAUAGGCAAGAACCGCCCUAUCAUUUAAUUGGAAGUUUGUCUUCUGACUAGUGAUGGAAGAAUUUCAAUCCCAAACUACAGGCAGGGAUCAGCCUUUUUCAGGGCACAUUUGUCCCCAUAGUCUUGUUGGGGUUGCCAGGAAUUAAUCAGGUUUUCAGAUAUUGGAUGAAAUGUUGUUUAUUUGAGACUUUUCCAAACUGUUAGAAGUUAAGCCUGUGAAUACAACUUAAGGGUUUCUUUGAGAUUGAGAACCUGUUUAAAAGCAGCUGUUCUACAACUGGUAAAACUCGGGUUACGUCCUAUGAAUGAGGAACUGAUCUUUAGAAAUAAAUAUUGGAUUAUAAGCCAUGGUGGUGCAUUCACUUCAGCCCAUCUGGCUGUGCAGGAAGGGCCAUUAAAUGAGUAUAACUUUAAUGUUUGUUUCAUUCAUGUCAAACAAAAAAGCUACUAAUGCCAUUGCUGUGUUACAGCCGAGUUGUACCCAACAUGCAGUAGCAGAGCUCUGUCAAUACAUGUCCUUUUGUGCACCACUGCUGAGGCAGGGCAAAGAAAGUGGCCACUUGUCUCUGCUGCAAGAUGAAUUCAUACCCUCCCAUCAGCACAGUUAGGAGCACAUCCAAAUAUGAGGUGAAAUCACUGAAUACUGCUGAAGUUAAACAGCAUUAUUAGUAUUUUAGCCAGUUUCCAGUAAAACGGGUAUUAUAGAUCCAAAGAAACAACAAAUAUGUUCUGAUCGAUGUAUCAUUUGUUAAUUAUUUUUUAUAUAAGAUUACUAUGGAAGAGAAGUGUUUUAUAGCAAUAAUACAAAUUCUGGAGUAGUGAGUUCCUUUACUCAAGAUGGGUCAGGCAGCAGUUUUGAGAAGGUUCUUUUGCAACAACUUUAUUAUAGUGGAUUAAGAAACAUUCACUGAAAAAAAAUUUUCACCUGAUUUUUUUGGUUCAUUAAAUAUAUAUAUAUAUGGGUAUUUUAUUUUAUAUGAUCUACACUUGGAAAUAAGUAAUAUAAGCAAUACUGAUGUUCUAUUUAGGUAACCAUGUAGAUUAGAAAUUAGAAAAGAAAAACAAUUGUUUAGGAGUUGGUAAUGUCUAGUACAGUAGUUUUCUUAUGUGUUUCUUUUUUCCCUUCCCCUAAUGGUAGAGUUAAGGUUUCAGUGUACUGGUGUCUACAUCUUCUGUUUAAAACAAAUGUAAACACUGUGUUGCAUAGAACUUGAAAAUUGCACUAAUUUUUAAACUUUUGGUUUUAUUUUUUUUCUUUGGAAAGAGUUCUUUUAUAUUCACAUAAAGAUUUUUAAAAUGAAUUCUUUGGUGUCUUUAUUUCAAGAAGUGCAUUUAAUGGUCCCUCUUUGAUGUAAGCAUCUGUAUUUCUGGACAGCACAUGACCUGGGUCAGCAUGUUGAUACUUUUAUACCAUCUAAAAUGUCAUGUGCCAGGAUGUGUAAAGUGUGUAUAAUGAGGGUAUGGAUGUAAUGAGUUGUGCUGCCUUUCCCUCCUCAGUUCUUUUCUGCUUAUAUUUCUGCUCCCACCCAAAGCUGGUUCCCUCUGCUCAGCCUGCAGUCAGUCAUCUCAGAGCUGGGCAAGGGCCCUUGGGAAGUGAAAAGCCUAAACCCUACUACAGAUAAACUGUCAGGUGACUUCAGGAAUUGCAUACUUGCUACCGAAGGAGGGGAGGGUCUCUGCCUGUUGCCAGCUCCACCUGAGAGGACACAGAGCAGGUACCUCUCUAAAUCACUGUUACUUGGAACAGAAAACUGUCUGCCCUCUGCAGCCCGCUUUGCAGGUGAUUUGUGUGCUCCGUUGUCAGUCUCACUGUCAGCUUUCUUGUUCCCUGAGCUCCAACCCCAACGCAGAGGUGAUGGUGGGAAAGAGCAGGCAGCCUUCAGCCCUCCAGAGGAAAGACCUGAGGACGAGGACCUGUGAUGCCUCAGUGCGGAAGGGCCUUUGCACUGGCAGAAAUCCUGGUGAGCACAAAGUGAACAACCAGAUGCAGAAGAACUGUUUUUCCUGCUUUCUGAGACUGGAUGUAGAAGCAGUUUCAGACACUGAAGAACAAAAUGUGCAGGUGUGUGUCUGAGGGAGAAAGGAAGGGAGGAGGCACUCAGCUGUGCAGGAAGCCUGAGCUGAGCUGCAGGAUGUGCUCAGCCCUGACCCUGUUUACUUAUGGCUUUUCUGGCAGCUCCUGAAGAGCCAAGCGCUGCAGUGAGAGGGUUUGUAUGUUUGUGAGAGGGGUGUCCCUGGAGAAGAGCUGCAGGAAUAAAG